AUGCAGGCGCUGCUCGAGAGACAGAGAAUAUUUGGAGUAAUUCGAAGUCCCAUCCCUGCUGCACCAACAAGGGUCUGGAAUGACUCUGACAUGCAGGCAAGGUCUGUGAUCAUCUUGUGUGUAGGAGACGACCAGUUGGUGCACAUUGCAGAUUUGCCUCACGCAAGGGACAUGUGGCAAGCUUUGAGACGCAUACACAUGCGUGAAGCAGCUGGGACUGCUCUGCUGCAUUUUGAAAAGCUCACAAACUUUAGACUGAAGCCGGAUGGGGAUCUUCAGGCUCAUCUGACGCAGAUGCAGUAUUUGCGCCGGCAGAUGGCGGAGCGAAAUUUUCUGCUUGAUGAAGCUAUCUUUUGUUUCAUGAUCAUAAACAGCUUGGAUCAAAGAUUUAAGACUGUUGCAAGUCAGCUGGGUUCACUCCCUGCUCAGGACCUGACGGUGCAGCUCAUUUGUGCCGCUUUGCUUAAUGAGAAUGGACUACAGCCUUCUGGUGGGCUUGCAGCCCCUUCAUGA